AUGAUGAGAAUGAUUAAGUUAGAUAAAUUAGUUGAAACUCCAUAUAUGAUGGAGAUAGUAGUUUAAGUAUUGCCAUUAAUGACAGUUGAAAACAACAGAGAUUAUUAAUUUGAGAAAACAUUUAUUAAAAAUUUCUCAGGAAGCUUUUAUGAUUUUAUUUAAAGUACAAACCGAAUUAAAAAAACUUAAUAGUAAAAGUUGAAAAGAAUAUAAUAAAAAUCACAAAAAUAAAUUCAAAUAGAUAUCUAGUUGAAUUAAUAGAAUUAGAUAAAAGAUGAUCAAUUUAAUGUUAGUGAAGCUUAAAAAAGUUUGGAUAAAAUUAACUACCAAUAGUAUGCUAUUGAAAUUUGGAAUGAGAUGGAGUAGAAUUAAAUUCUUCGAGAUUUUUAACUUACUGAUGAAAUGGACGAACUUUAAUAUAAGAUUUAAAACAAUUAUUAAAAUUGCAAUAAAGAUAAUAAAUUUGGAGUUAAAGAAGUUAUUUCAAUAUUAAAAAUUAAUGAUGAAAGCAUAAUUUAAUUGAUUUGUGAUGCUUUAAAGGAGUAAAAUCUAACCGGUUAUGAUUUUUAUGAAGAAUUUAUUAAAUAAUACCAUUUGAAAUAGAUUGAAAAAUAUAGAAAUUUAAGAAAAUCUAUAAGUGUCGAUCGUUUUCUUCAUGAUCUUUUAAAAUAUUCUAUUAAGUUGGCUAAAUAAAUGAGCAAUAAAGAUGUGACUUAAAUUUAAUUUAAGUAAUAAGAUUUGUUAUAUAAUGAUGUAGAAAAAGAAGAAGAAUGAAAUUUUUUAAUGAUGAUAAAGAAAAUGGACCUUAUAAAAAAGAUUUAAGAAGUUGUUCAUUAAUUUAAUAAAAAGGUACAAAAUACUAAUUUUUACAUAAAUCUAUUCAGGAAUUUUUAAUUGCAGUUGAUUUAUAUGAACUUUUUGCUCCUGCCAAAGAUUUCGAUUUUGAAAUAUUAACGGUAAUAUUAGGAGCUUUGGUUCAAAAAAAUGAUAGUGAUUAUCAUUAAUUAAAUACAAAAGAAUUAAUAGAGAAGCAUUUUUCAAGAUUGAAUUUUGUGAAUAAUCUAUUAAAUUAUGAUAAGUAAAAGUAGUUUAAUUGUUUUUAAGAAAAUAGUAAAAAAAUAAUCGAUUUCAUCAAAAAAUUAAAGAUUCAUGAUUUUAAUUUAUUGAAUUAUUCAACCAAAAGUUAUGGUGAGAGUAGAAAAUUUUUUAUAUAAAAGAUAUUAAAAGAGGAAAAAAUCAUUGAGGUCUUAAAAUUUUUAUUUAAGCUCACUGCUAGAGAUGAAUAAUUUAUUUAGUGUGGAUCUAAUUCUCUAAAUUUAUUGGUUGAAAUGAAAAUUGAUCUUUCGAAUUAAUCUUUUUAGAAUAUAAGGAUUAGAAAUACUUCACUAAUAGGAGCUAAUUUUGCUAAAUGCGAUUUAAGUUGUUCAGAAUUAGAAAAUGUAAAAAUAAAUGGUAUAAAUUUAAAUGGGGCAUUACUAUUUAAUUGUAAAUGGAUAAAUCUAUAGAUUAAUGAAUUACAUUAAAUAAAUGGACAUAUGGGAAGCAUUUUGUCUGUGUGUUUCUCUUCUGACGGUACUACAUUAGCAUCAGGUAGUAGUGAUACAGGUAUCUGGUUAUGGGAUGUAAAUUCAGGACAAGAAAAGAAAAGAUUAAAAGGACAUACCGUUUGGGUCUAAUCAGUUUGCUUUUUCUCCUGAUGGUAUUACAUUAGCAUCAUGUAGUAAAAAUAAUACAAUCUGUCUUUGGGAUGUAAAAACAGGAUAAAAAAAAAAAGUAAUUAUUAGGACAUAAUGGUGGAAUAUUGUCUAUAUGUUUCUCACCUGAUGGUUUUACAUUAACAUCAGGAAGUAACGGUACUUAAAUUUUGCUGUGGGAUGUAAAGUUAGGACAACAAAAGAAAAUAUUGUAAGGAGAUGCUGGUAGUGUUUAAUCAGUUUUUUUCUCACCUGACGGUACACUAUUAGCCUCAGGGUGUGGAAUUAAUUCUAUUUAAUUAUGGGAUUUAAAUUCUGGAUUGGAAAAAUUAAGAUUGGAAGGACAUAAUGAUUUCAUAUACUCAGUAUGUUUCUUUCCUGGUGGUAAUAUAUUGGCUUCAGGAAGUAAUGAUAAAAAUAUUAGAUUAUGGGAUGUAAAAUCAGGACAAGAAAAGAAAAUUUUAGAAGGUCAUACUCAUGGUGUCUAGUCAAUAUGUUUUUCGCCUGAUGGUGCAACAUUAGCAUCUUGUAGUAGCGAUAAAUCUAUCUGUUUAUGGGAUAUAAGUUCAGGAUAAGAAAAGAGAAAAUUUGAAGGGCAUACAGGAGAAAUAUAAGCAAUAUGCUACUCUCCUGAUGGAACAAUAUUAGCAUCUGGUAGUAAAGAUAACUCCAUCCGUUUAUGGGAUGUCAAGUCUUGGGAAGAAAAGAAGAGGUCAGAGGGACAUGAUGAUAAAGUCUUAUCUGUAUGCUUCUCUCCAGAUGGUUCUCUAUUAGAAUCUGGUAGUAAAGAUAAUUCUAUCCGUUUAUGGGAUAUAAGUUCAGGAUAAGAAAAGAAAAGACUACAAGGGCAUACUGGUGGAGUUAAGGCAGUUUGCUUCUCUCCUGAUAGUACUACCUUAGCAUCUGGUAGUAAAGAUAACUCAAUCCAUAUCUGGGAUAUAAAAUCAGGUGAAGAAAAAACAAAAUCAGAAGGGAAUAAUGGUUGGGUAUCUUCAGUUUGCUACUCUCCUGAUGGUUCUACAUUAGCAUCCGGAAGUAGAGAUAAUUCAAUUCGAUUAUGGGAUAUUAAUUAAGGAUUAGAGGAAAAAAAAUUAAUAGGUCAUAAUGGUGUUGUCUAUUCAGUUAGCUACACUCCUGAUGGUUCUAAAUUAGCAUCUGCUAGCGGCGAUUAAUCUAUUCGUCUGUGGGAUGUAAAUAUUUAAAACUAAUUUGGACCGACUUAUUAAAAUAAUUUAGAUAUUCAUUUGCAAUUUAAUAGUAGCAAUAAUAAAUCAAGUAAAAAAAUUGUUAUUUUUUAGAUUAAGGUAUUCUAUCGACUAUUCGAAUUUCCUAAAAUGAAUAGUUGGAAGCAUAUGCUACAAAAAUACUCAAAGGUCAAUUUAUAAAUUAGUUAGGAAUGAAUCUCCUACAGUUAUUUUAAUAAAAAGGAAGUGUUAUAUUAGAUAAUGAUAUAGAAUUCAUGUAAAAUGAAUAAAAAGUUUGA